CUCGGAAAGCAGUGUUAUCCGUCACGAAACAAUAUUUCUCCACAACAACAACCCACCACUUCUCUUCAGCAACAGGCAGGUCAAUCAUUUGGCUACACCAUUAGAAACGGCUCGGGAGGCAAAAUUAAGCUGCUGCCUGGAAGGACAUGGCCCGGGACGCAGCCUGACUAAGAAGAUUAGAUAAGAUUUACUUGUCAGCAACACUGCUCUCACGACACUGGACAUAGCAACAGUUAGGAUAGGACAAUGUGAGGAGAUACUACAACAGCAUGGCGACGCACAUCCUGUGGUGUGCGUUUGCAUGGACAUUCAAGGGUCUGUUAUGUACCUGCAGGUUCUUUUGGGUGAGCCCAUACUACUCAAUCAAAUACAUGCCCAAUGAACCUCACAGAACAGGGAAGGAUCAAGUGAAACAAAAAACAGGCUCAGCGAAUCAGGGAAUACCAGGAAGUCAUGAUAGCAGUGCCAUGCAGAGGAGACUGUCCAAAGCUGAGAGGGAGAUUCAGGCCCUCAAGACCCAGAUCACUUUUGAGAGGGCAACAUGGGAGAGGAAGUUUGUGGAACUGCAGGUGAUACAGCAGGACCUACGUUAUCAGCUGAUCUCUGAGACUGUAGCCAGGCCUGGAAGUUUACCUCAGGUGGGCAGCUUCGAGGACCUUGGCGAGUCAGAGGUGGAAAACAGACAGUCGUACGAUGGAAAGGACCAGGACAGCUCAAGCAGCCAUUCCAACCGAAGCAAAGGGUCUGAGAGGAUGUCAUCAACAGGCGACACAUGCCAAAGCAGCUUGUCUGGCAGCCAGGUCUCAUUGAACUCAGCAUUUGGCUUCAGACCCAUUUCUUCUCUGUCUCCAGCCACCAGUGGGAGCUCCUGGAGGAGCUACACCGGUCCACACCGGGUCUUUGUGCCUCACUCCCCCCUGGACCUGCAGACGGGACACCGGGUUCGAGUCCUGCUGCCCUCGGGACGGAUCAGAACAGGCACGGUUCGUUACCUGGGCCACCUGGAGGGGGAGCCAGACUUCCAUAUGGGAGUGGAGCUGGAAUCACUUGAACACGGGCAGCAAGAUGGCACACACAGGGGACAGUGCUACUUUGAAUGCAAGGCUGGCCACGGUGCCUUUGUGCCAUUCACCAAGCUGUUGAUGGCCUGGGAGUGAUGACAUCACAGUCUCUAUGGUGGAGGGUCACAUCUGGAUAUUUCAUAUGGACUCUUUGGCAUCAAUUACGAAUGGUCUCUAAAAGUAAACUUACACUACUGGUCAAAAGUUUUAGAACACCUACUCAUUCAAGGGUAUUUCUUUAUUUUUACUAUAUUCUACAUUGUA